AUGCAAGCGCAGCAGCUGCCACCAAAGCCUAAGAUCCUCUAUGCGGUACCCCCGCGCGAGGGCCAUAUGCGACCGGCCCUGCAGAUAGCGGCCCACCUGAUCGAGCGCGGGUACAAUGUCACUAUGCUAGGGACAGAUCGCUGGCGGGAUGCUAUCGAGGCCGUUGGUGCCAUAUACAGCCCCUGCAUUGGCCUGUGGGCUGUCGCGCUCGACGACCCGUCCUGGUGGCCUACCAUCGUGUCGGCGCCGACUUCGGCCGCGAGGAAUGCCGCAUCGCUGGACGAGGGUUUCACCACGCUGCUGCCCAGUGGGUUUCAGUCUGUAUGUACAGCGCUGACCGGCAUUAUGGGCAGAGACUGGGCAACUGAAAGGAUCGUGGUGCUGUCGGACACAUGCUUCUCGGGAACCUUACCGCUGAAACUGAAGACGCACCUCCCGCCGGGAUGUGGGCUGGAGAAGGUUAAAAUUAAAACGAUCGGUAUCGGAGUAGUUCCUGUUUAUUGGGCAGCGGCAGAACGACCACCAUGGGGUUCAGGUCUUCCUUACGAUGACAGUGAAGAGGGCAAGACACGAACGCUACAGGCUCACCAGGACGCAUGGAACCAGGAGGCGGAGGACCGCGCGCGUAAAUGUCUCAUCAUGAUGGCGUGCGCAGAAAAAGUCGACAAGCUGUUGGAGCCGUUCAACGACCCUGCAACAGGACUGAGACAUCCAUUCUGGGACGCAUCUACUCUAUGUCACGACGUGACGCUGCAGAUGGGACUCCGCGGGCUGGAGUUCCCUACGCCUUCGUGGCCAGCACACCUCAAAUUCGCAGGUCCUCUUCCGCCCAAGGAACUACCGAGCGGGCUCAAAUACCCGGCGUGGUGGGACGAGCUCGUAUUCAAAAACAGCGCAGCCUACUCAAUCGGCCACGAGGGCGGGCGCAAGAAGGUCGUCUUCGUGGCGCAGGGAACCGAGGUGCUGGACCACAACGAGCUGAUCGUGCCGACGGUGCAGGCGCUGGCGGGUCGCGAUGACGUCGUGGUGAUUGUGGUGUUAUGCGUAAAGGGCGCGACGCUAGACGCGAGUUCCUUCACCAACGGGGAGCUACCUACAAACUGUCGCGUGCUCGACUAUUUCCCCUACGACGCGAUCCUCCCGCACGCCGACGUGUUCUUGUCGAGCAGCGGAUACGGCGGAUUGACGCACGCCGUCGCACAUGCGGUACCGCUGGUGCAGACGGGUCGCUUUUUCGAUAAACCCGACAUUGGAAGACGCGUUGAGUGGUCCGGAAUGGGCGUUUAUCUGGCCGACCCGACUGGGGCGGCGCCGCCAAGCGCGGUUGAGGUCGGAGAAGCCGUGGACAAGGUGUUGGGGGAUGCAAAGUUCAGGCGCCGUGCUGGGGAACUGCGGGACGAGGCGCUGAGGUCGGAUCCACUGGCUUCAGUGGAGAGGGAGGUUAUAGGAUUGAGCUGGGAUUGA